CAGAGCGACCAGCUGUAUUACUCACCCUGCCGCCCUGUCAGAGGACAGCCAGCUGAAAAUCAGGCAUCAAUACUCCGUCCACAUCUGUACCACCGCCUUACAGCGCAAAUUAGACUGCAUUCAAGGGGCACUUUUAUGGUGAGAUGCCAAGAAAGUUGCACUUCAUCGACAGAGCUCGUCGUGGCUUUUGCACUAUUUUCUGAGAAGGACCGUAUUUUCUGUCCGUUAACAUCAGUCGGCUAGCAAGGUGUGAAAAAUAAGUGUCAUGACUGGAGCUGAGACUGAGGAUGAUAUUCCAUUAGGUGAAAGGAAGACGGUCACAGAUUUCUGCUAUCUUCUGGACAAGUCCAAGCAACUCUUCAAUGGGCUUAGAGAUCUUCCUCAGUAUGGGCACAAGCAGUGGCAGUCCUAUUUCGGACGAACAUUUGAUGUCUACACCAAGUUGUGGAAAUUUCAGCAGCAGCACAGGCAGGUUCUGGACAGUCGGUAUGGCUUGAAGAGAUGGCAGAUUGGAGAGGUUGCAUCCAAAAUCGGACAGCUUUACUACCACUAUUACCUUCGUACCUCAGAAACAAGUUACCUGAAUGAGGCCUUUUCCUUCUAUUCUGCCAUCCGUCAGCGAUCCUACUACUUUCAGGUCAAUAAAGAGGAUAGGCCAGAAUUAGUUGUGAAGAAGCUUCGAUAUUAUGCUCGCUACAUAGUUGUCUGUUUACUGCUGAACAAGAUGGACCUAGUCAAAGUUUUGGUUAAGGAGUUAUCUGAGGAAAUUGAGGACUACACACAGCGAUUUAACACGGAGGACCAAUUGGAAUGGAACUUGGUUUUACAGGAAGUUGCAGCUUUUGUGGAGGCCGACCCAGUGAUGGUCCUGAAUGAGAACAAUUCUGUUGUCGUCACCAGCAAUCGGCUACAGGAGGGAUGUGUGCCUCCUUUGGAACAAGGCAUGGUGGUUGGACAGCUCGUCCUUGCAGAUGCACUAAUCAUUGGCAACUGUAACAACCAGGUUAAAUUCAGUGAGUUAACCAUCGACAUGUUUCGCAUGCUCCAGGCUCUGGAAAGGGAGCCUGUGAACCUGGCAACCCAGACGUCUAAACAGGGAACGCUGGAACCCAAUGAGAAACCAGCUAAAAGAGAAAAUCCUCACAAGUAUUUGCUCUACAAGCCAACAUUCAGCCAGCUUUUCACUUUCUUGUCUGCCUCUUUUAAGGAAUUGCCUGCAAACAGCGUCCUACUUGUUUACUUGUCAGCUACUGGAGUCUUCCCUACUGGGCGUUCAGAUUAUGAAGGACCAUAUGAUUUCGGAGGUGUUUUGACAAAUACGAAUCGAGAUGUGGUGAAUGGGGAGACGGUGCAGAAAAGGAAUCAGGCCCAGAAAGAAAUGCACUGCCUUCAUCCGGGGGACUUAUUCCCUUUCACCCGGAAACCACUUUUUGUCAUUGUGGAUUCUUCAAACAGCACAGCCUACAAGAAUUUCACAAAUCUGUUUGGCCAACCCCUUGUGUGCCUACUAUCUCCCACUGUAUAUCCCAAGAGUGUACAAGAUCAGUCGCAGCGUGGCAGUCUCUUCACGUUGUUCCUCUACUGCCCCCUCUUGGCUUUCUUCUCUGUGUGCGGCUUAAAUAGUGUGCGACGAGGACUGUGGGAGAGGGCUCAAGAAUUUCUGCAGAAAGUGUACCGUGACAUUGGGCAGAUGAUAACUCGAUCACCAACCAUAGAUCAAGCCUUUUUACAGUUCUUUGGUGACGAGUUUCUUCGACUGCUACUGAUCCGCUUUGUGUUCUGCUCUGCUGCACUGAGACUACAUAAGCUUUUCCGUGAGUCCAGGAGCUUCCCAGAGUCCUACCCUGAGCUCCCCAAACAGGAUACAGUGGAGAGCAGCCUUCUACAGAAGCAUAUUUUGGAGCUUGCCACCAUGCUGGACGUGCAGAGCCUGUUUUGGGAUGAUUCAUUGGAGACCUACUGAACAUCUUCCCACAGGGCAAAAUGGCACAAGUGUACAUACAGACACAGAUAGACUCACUUGCCAGAGCCCUCGCAGUUCUUUUUUUACAGGUAAUCAAAUUACUGAUUCAGCACACGGUUUCAUGUCCUGUAUCUGUUACUUGUAGAAGCAAAUGUAGUGCAACAUUAAAAUGUUCACGUAGAUAAGCCAGAGAGUUUAAUAUAGUUCAGAUCCUUCAUUUUGACAAGCUCAGCUGCUUGUCUCAUAUAUAAGAAAACAAAUUGGAGGCUCUAAUUAACAUUAAGUCAGUGAAUAUAAUUUCAACUAACACUUGGCCAUCCAAAUGCAAAGUUUAAUCCCCUCAGCUGUAAGUCUAUUCCACAUGUCAGAUAAUUGUAAAGUUGGCAGCCUCCGUUUUUUCAAAUCAGUGUUCUCAAUGUGAGUUCUAUGGAGAGCUGUGAAGAUGUUUUGUGACACAAACUUCACAGGGAAUGGAGAUCAGAUUUGUGUACAGAUCACUCCAUGAAACAUCGGGCUCCAGUCAUCUGAUUUGUUCAGACAUAGAGACCAAUAUAUGUGCCCUGCAAACACGCAAUUUUAUAUUAAAAGUAAAUACAGCUUUCCAUCAAGGCAGUACAUACGCAGUAGUAUUUGUAGUUGCUUCCUUUUGGGGGUAGGGGGUAUGCCUUAAGGAUAUAGAGGUGGAUUUGUAACUGGAAAGCAGAUGGGUUCAAAUCACUGGACCACAUGAGAAAAUGUCGGCCAGAAAAACAACAAGAAAUUCUUUUCUCACACUCACCAGUUGUCCUCACCAAAGUGCCCUUGAGCAAGGCACUUAACCCUCAGUGAAGCUGAUCACUGGCCAGUAAUCGAGGGCUGUGGUGGUACUUGGCAGCUCCACAGUGUGAGUUUGUGUGCAUGAAAGUGAAGUGAGGCGGGCUGAGGAAGCACAUAGGGCUCAACAUAAACCCUUCCCUGUAUAAAUUAUCAUAAAAAGAACAACUGUCAAAUAGUUAGAUAACUAUUAGUGCAGUAUCUUUGAAUUUGAUAGAUGUAAUCUACAAUAUAAGUGUUAACCUGGAGAUUUGUGUUUGACCAACGCUGCUUACUGCAUAACGGUUGUUUAUUUGCUUGUACGCAGAGCUGCAUGAGGUUUUGUUCUGUGAGUUCUGUUUCUUGUUUCGGGUCGUCAUCAGUUGUAAAGAUAUUGUGCUCCCCCUCAUGUCAUUAAUCAUAUCAUAACAAUCAGUCUAAUCUCUGCUUUAUUUUUACACAUAACUUAAAAAGCAGUUGUUAAUGCCCUGUGCAUUUUGAGGAAAUGGUAGUUAUUUCAUGUUUUUUUUUUUUUUUUUUUUUUUUUUUUUUUUUUUUUUUAGAUAAUUAAGCUCUUAUUUGCAUGCAAAAAAGGCAAAGGAAUGUAUGCAUUUUGCCCCUUUAUCCACAAAUUCUGGUCUGCACCCUAAAGGGCACAGGAGACAAUAUGAAAGGAAAAAGGGUUGUACAUUUUGGAAUAGCAUGGGGUUGGGAUUUGCACAGUAAAUGGACCUAUUACUUGACUUGAAUUAUUAAAUGUGUACAUUUGUAGUCGCAUCAACAAAGUCAGACAAUCUAGCUUCAGAUAAGAGAGGUGGAACUGCUCAGUGGUUUUAACUGGCAUGCAAACAAAUAUUCCUUGUGUAGGGUUUUUCCCCUGUUGAUAACAUUUAUAUACAUGAUUAUGUAAUUAUUGCUUGUAUUUUGGAUGCAGUUAUUUACAUGGCUGAAGAAGUCUUUGUUAAUGUUUCCAUUUUCAUGCAAACACCUCCCUCCUGACAUCAACUAUAGUCAUGUCGCUUCAUUAGUAUUUCUGUUGUUGCAGUGACAUUUUCCACUAUUUUUUGACCACUGAGAUUACAAAAGAGAGACAAAAAUAAUAGUUAUAAAAGAAAACAGUAGCAUGUUGGAAUGAUGAAAAUCAUUGGUAAAAACGUUAAAAACUCUCUUAGGCUGGGUUGCACCAACAUGUAUUCAAUUUUUAAAAAGUGUUAAACCAGAGUAAAUCACAGUUACCAUUAAAUUUUCUUUAACUAAACUGAUUUCAAAUAAAGGAUUAAAUGUAAACCUUUCUUUAAAUCUAUCUAUAUAGUUCAGUUUUUAAAAUUUAGUUUUUUAAAAUUGAAUCCUGUCGCAACAAAACUUUAAACUUUAUUUAAACUAUGAGCUGGUAUAAUCUUUAACUUAAACUUGAGGAGGUUUAAAGUUUAAUCCUUUGAAACCUGAGCAAAUUUGAUUAAUUUCUCUCAAAAACAUGGAAAAAGAGACGAUUUGCAAAUUUGCAACAAAUGUCUUAAGAAUUAGCAAGAAAGUGGUAAAAAGUUAGAAGAAAAUCACUUGAAAAUGACCUGAUUUAAAAAAAAAAAAAAUUGCCAAAAAAAAUUAACAGAAAAAAAAAAUUAACAAAAAACUGUGAAAAACACUAUAUUUACAAAUAUUGGAAUGGCACAUUUAAAUGUGAUGCAGAUCGACUUUUUUUAUUUUUUUUAUUUUAUUUUAUUUUUAUUACUUUCAUUAGGCUGUUUAAUUUUGAUUUAACCCUCGUAAAGCCUUAAGGGUCAAAACGAACUGAGCAUCUGUGAGUCCUUUUUUCCGGGGUCCUGCAGCGCAUUUGGGGCCA